AUGAGGCCUUUUGGCGAAGCCAAGUUUCUUUCGGGCCACCAAACCCUGCAACUGAUGAGAAAGAAGGCCCUAUGGGGUAAAGGGAAAAGCGUGUACGUUGUCACACUCCCUGCCUUCCAAAGGUGCCUAGAGGACGGGCCAGACGCAGCAGAGCGACAACCCGGGAGCAGAUUCCCCACCGGCAGGGGGACAGGAGACGGCCAUCUCAAGGCACAUCACGACCUACAGGUAAGACCGGCGAGACCAGGGAAGGCAACCCGAUUGGGAGUCAGAGGAUCCAUAGUACCUGCAGCCCCACGGACUUAA